GCCAAUCUCUGCCAGACGACCCGAAGUCUCCUCCUCGGGCUCCGAUCUCAGCCCGACGACGGCAAAGGCUCUCAGCUGAUAAGUGUAAAUACCGAUUGCGUUCCUUAUCAGGCGGAAGUGGUUGCAACUCGGUGGACAAGGAACGAGAAUGUCUAUGCCCUUCCUCGGAUUAAGAUAAGCACUAACAGGAAUUGGUACGUGAAUUCGCAACACCGCCUUAGUGAACAUAGGACUAACUUAAGUAAGAAUAAGAAUUUGGGAUUAUAAAUAGCCCGAAACCAUAAACAUAAACGGUGCUCAUUACAAACACAAUGAAGUAAUCCAGUGCUACAGAUGGACCUUGCGUGCAACUGACACAGCUAAUUGUAUAGAUUGCGCUCGGUAGCUCGGUGAGUAUAAGAAUAUGGUAAAGCCAGCAGGAAGGAGAGAACAGUACCGGUACUACGGUAGCAUACACCGGGAAAUGGCCAGUUGUAGCGAUGGCUUGACUACACAUGAAGCUCUUGCCCGCUUGCAUGAAGAUAUAUCAUCAGCUCUCGAAGAGUACCAGAAGUCAGAGGCAGAAAAGAAUAAAGGCUUUGGACAAAAGAGUGUUAACUAUGAAGCCUUUCAUCGCAAGAGCUACCUGUCAGUCUUCCGAUGGACUUCGGCGCUGGCACUCAUAGUAGAAGGCAUUGUACUCCUGGUGGCCUACGCAGCACGCAGUGACCCAAAAUAUCAGUACCUUCCAGCAGAAUCUUUCUUCAUUUUUGCCGCAGUGAUUCUCAACGUUUACCUGGUGUGGUGGGACACCCGUCUCAGGCAUAAGGAGCUCCCACACCAGACUCAGAAUAUAUUAAGGGAUCUAAAAGAAUACCAGUCAACUGUCCUUUGGUCAGCAGAGAACUAUCCACACCUACAUUCUCCUUUGUCUCCUUGCAUUACCCUUCAGUGGACACUGAGAGAUGGAAACACUGUUAAUCUCCCUUGGUCACUGCUGGUGCAAGGAGAUGUUAUUCUUCUCAAACCUGGACAAAAGGUUCCUGCCAAAUGUAAACCUUUGCAGGAGAGUGGUACAGGAGGUAGUGGGGAACUUCACUUAGGGGAUAUAUACUCCCCAAGUCUUGAGGGUAUUGGAGAAGGAUUCAGUUCUCCGAAGGCACGGACACCUCUCAAACCACAGCCUCAUUUAGUGUUGGAAACCCCUUAUAUCACGAAUUUAAGGAUUGUGUUGGCAGAAGCCCUUAAUAGGCCGAUAACAGUUUUUAAUAAGCAGAGGUUUUUGAUCUUCAGUUGGGCAAUGGAGACAGUCAUUUUACCUGUGGUUGUGAUUUUGAUGUUAAUAAUCAACACCUUGAGAGUGUACUAUGGAGGCUGGGUUGGCCACUGGUCCGAGGUGCUUCUAAUAGGGCCUGUGUGUGUAGCCCUCCCUCUGAUCCCCCUUGGCCUGCCUCUGGUUUGGUUAACGCUGAAUUGGUUAGGCAUUGCUCGGAUUCUCACGAUGUAUCACCAUGCAAAGCAUAUGCAGAGUGAUCCAGUGGAGGAUCCGUUUGAAGAUGCAGAACUCGAAGCUUUGCAUUUAUCAGAGAUAUCGGUGAAGUGGGUAGAACUGAGAAGACACUUUAUAUUAACAGCCCUUGGUAGAGAACCAACUCCAAUUCGCACUGCCAAUGUGCUUCAUGUUUUAGCGUCUGUUACCAACCUCUGCUGUGUUGACAAGAAGGGUGUGUUGUCUUGGCCGAAUCCAACAGCAGAGAAAGUCUUUUUUCUUAAAAACAGGGCACACAAUAAUUUAGCAUCAAGUGUUCCAUCUCUCUAUGGGGAUGAUGACCUUUUCCAAGAUGCCAAGAGGGAAAAAGUUAUAUCACCACAACUCACAAAAGAAUCAGAAUCAGUGUUAAUGUCACUGACUCAUGACCACCAGACAGCUUUUGGGCUUCAGUUUGAUGACCCAAUGUGGCGGAGGUAUCUUCUGUCUCUCAAGCCACUCGGACUGAACAUCUUGCUCAACACAUGCAACCCUGCUACUCAGGACCAGUACACUAGAUUUUGCUCACACAUUACAUGUGAGGCCAUGUAUAAUGAGGACUUGGUGCCAGUGUCACAAAGAAGAUGCCUGUGUGAAUUAGCGAAGCAGAUAGGCUUCAGUGAACAAGCUCAGGAGCCAUUUGAACUGGAGCAUCAGUUAUCAACAUUCAGACAUGUGCCCCCAGACAUGGCAUGUAAAGAUCGUCUUGCCAAAUCCCUCAUGAUCACCAAAUUGAAGUUCCCGUUCCCUCACAUGGUCUCGGUCUUGAUGAGAGACAGAGCUUCACGCAAAUUAGAACUCAUGUCACAGGGGACGGCAGACAUAAUACUGGACUCGUGCACAGACUACUGGGAUGGUUAUGACAUUUGUCCCUUAACAGAAAAAGAUAGGAAGAAGAUUCUAGAUUUCUACCAUAGAACAAGUCUUUCUGCAUACUGCACGGCCUUCUCUUACCGUCCAACUUCGUGCGUAGUAAGGGAAAACCUGAGCAGCUUUUACAUGGAGCUUCCCAUUGAUCCAUCACACCUUUACAGUGCCGCGCGCACCCCAACACCACACAUCAGCACAGAGGCUUUGUUUGGAGAUGAAGAACACACUGAAUAUGAAGAAAUUGAUGAUAUAGAUGAUGCAUUCCGGAUGCAGUGCAAGCAGAUCUUCAUAGGAAUGGUCACCAUGCAGUAUCAAGCAAAAACAGACAUGGUACAAAUGAUUGAACAGUUAGAUCUGUCGUGUAUCCGCUUUGUCCACUUCAGUAAGGAAAAUGAACUACGGUCCCGCGUCUUCUCGGAGAAAAUGGGACUGGAAAGCGGUUGGAACUGUCACAUUUCCUUGCUCUCAGAUCGGACGAGGACAGAGAGUGGGAAUUCAAGCCGCACAGGGCAAGCAGCUUCCGUCAAGACCUCUGGGUUGACGUUGUACAGACAGUCAACGGAGGAUGUAAACAGCCCAGAUCUCUCCAAAACGCGAUUCCGCUCAUCAUUAAAGGGGUUCCAACGUAGUAAGAGUCUGCGGAGGAAAGGGCUAGGUGUAAGAAGUUCCCUUGAGGUGUCUCGAGCACUUAGUCACUCAGCACCAUCAGCUAUAAACCUGGAUGUUGCACAAGUUAAGUUUGACGAAGAGGUCUCGGUAUGUUCUAAUUCAUCCCAGUCUCAAACGUCUUACUUGGAAGAAGUUGAAGAACACAGGCUUGAAGGGUUUGCAUAUGACUGCAAUGCCGGAACCAGCGAGGAAUGCAUAAUGUUGAAUGAGGAGGACCAGAUGUAUGACCACGUGGACCCUGUCUGUGAGCAGCACUCGCACCUUUCUGGCCAGUCACGGUCUAGGUCACCGUCAAGAGUCACUGACAGCACGGAGCAUUCAACCUCAUUUAAUUUUGAUAUGUCAAAUAGGGCUCGACUCCCAAAAGGAAUUGAAAACAUCAAGCCACAUCUUGAGAAUGUGGAUAAUGUUCCCUUGUUAGUGUCGCUCUUCACAGACUGCACACCCCCAGCCACUCGUGCGAUGUUGUCCAUAAUGCAGGAAUACACAGAGGUGGUCAUGGUAAUGGGAUCAUCUGCGAAUGCUGAUAAUAUUCGCCUUUUUAUGCAAGCUGAUGCAAGCUUAUCAGUGGAUCCACUGUAUCCACAAGUUUGCAUGCGAGAGCCAGUAUUUGUGCGACCUCCGCCAUCUAAGGGACCUUCACCUACAGAUAUUGCGCGUAUCCUCAACUCCCUUCCCUGCUCCCUCUCUUUCCACCGUGAUGAUAAAGUGUCUCUUGUGCAUCUUAUCAUGGAGUCACGGCAUUACAUGCAACAGGUAGUGAGCUGUCUGCAGUUUUGGUCUUGUUGUUGUGUUUCAUUAACUAUCCUGCAACUUUUAGCUGCCACAGCUGCUCUUCCUCCACUACUUUCAUCAGGUGACAUUGUUUGGCUGGUGUGUGUCGUGAUUCCCAUCUUGUCAGUUUCUCUCGUUGCCGCUCCGACAAACCCUGCCGUCAUGAAUCAGGCCACAGGGAAAAAUUCUGUUGUGCUUAAUAAACAGAUGGUCCGUUAUGUGUUCUUAUAUUACAUCUGCAAGUUUGUUCCCUCUGUGGCGGUAAUUUUGUUGUGCGGUGGAUUGACACUUGAGAGCUUCUGCAGAGAUAUAGCUAGCCAUCACAAUACCUCCUGCACUUACAUUUAUCCGGAUGAAGUUCCUAAAAUUUAUAUUAACAGUACAAAGCGUGAGGAGCAGAGCUCAUGGAAGGGAUGGGGCGAUCAGUACUUAGAUUCCCUUAAUGCAGUACAGAAUGGUGUAGCUUUUCUCAUUGUUCUUUACUUUUGUGUGAUUUCUGUUUCAUUUGUGCACCGCAUGUACCAGUUAUGGAGGAAAAAUCCUCUGAAAAAUAGGUGGUGGGCUUCCAGUGUCUUUGUAGUACUAGUGCUGCAGGUGGUAUAUGGAAGCAUCUCAGCAUCACUGUGUUCAUCCUCAGAGCCAAGUGGUCCUGGGUUAGCAGAUAUUCCACCAUGGUUGUGGCUCAUAGCAUUUGUGUGGCCACUACUUGUAAUUCCUCUCAAUGAAGUCAUUAAAAAGAAGAAAUCAGUCAAUGUUCGAUAUCAGAAGCGAGCAAGACUGGAAUUUGGUACAAAGUUAGGGAUGAAUUCUCCAUUCUAA